GCGAGACGUGGGGUCUGAACAGCUUGUGUAGCUGCUGCUAGCUAGCCUAGCCGUGCUGCUCGGCGCUGACAUGCUGUGACACAGAAAUGCAGUUACAACGGGGCACAGCGUCUCGUCAGCUAGGCUAGCUUGGUGUGGUGGAGGAUAUCUGGCGUCUGGAUAUCACCCAUGCACAUCACCUAACGGCGUUUGUGGCAAAUCUACAAAAUAAAUAUCUCCCCAAAGGAGGCAGGAGCAGGUGGCCGUCAGAUUUCAGAAGUAACCAUGCCAGAGUUGGUCUGUUGCUGAUGGGAAGCUCGUGUGACCCGUGUUGGAACUCUUGAACAUGAGUGGGUUGCUGAUAGUAACACUGGUUGACCUGCUGCUGGCCUGCAACUGCUGCUCUGGAAGCAGAUAAGAUGGACCUGCCUUAUCAGGUCAACAGAAGUUUCAGAGCCCAUCAAGUUCUCAGUUUUGAUGCAGUACAGUGUACCUCGUGCAAGAUGACGGAAGAGGUGAUUGUCAUCGCCAAGUUUGACUACAUGGCCCAGCAGGACCAGGAGCUGGACAUUAAAAAGAACGAGCGUCUCUGGCUCCUCGACGACUCUAAGUCCUGGUGGAGAGUUCGAAAUGCAACCAACAAAACUGGCUUUGUGCCAUCAAACUAUGUAGAGAGGAAAAACAGUGCCAGGAAAGCGUCUAUAGUCAAGAAUCUGAAAGACACGCUCGGGAUUGGGAAGGUGAAGAGCAGAAAGGGGGGAAUGAGAGACACGGCCUCCAACGCAGACUCGGACAUGUAUGCAGAUAACGGCGAGCGGCUGUAUGACCUUAACCUGCCUGCCCUGGUCAAGUUCAACUACUCGGCAGAGCGCGAGGAUGAGCUGUCUCUGGUCAAAGGCACGCGGGUGGUGGUGAUGGAGAAGUGCAGCGACGGCUGGUGGCGCGGCAGCCACAACGGACGGUCCGGAUGGUUUCCAUCCAACUACGUGACGGAGGAUGUGGAUGGCACCGUGGGGGGAGGCGGCAUGGGAGGCUUCGGCGACCCGGCCGGAUCACUAACGGAGAAACUCGCAGCUGUGGUGAACAGCACCACAAACGGGAACCGGGUGCUGCACACCGUUCAGGCGCUCUACCCGUUCAGCUCGGGCAACGAGGAGGAGCUGAACUUUGAGAAGGGCGAAGUGAUGGAGGUCGUGGAGAAGCCCGAGAACGACCCGGAGUGGUGGAAGUGCCGCAAGGUGGACGGACAGCUAGGCUUGGUACCUAAGAACUACGUCACUGUGCUGGACUCCACGUCCCAUAAACCCACAGCGGGGUCUGCUGGGCCGCCUCCACCCGACUGUGACUACAUCUCGCCGUCGGGCAGCGGGCACUUCGCCGGGAAGGAGUGGUACUACGGCAAGGUGACGCGCCACCAGGCAGAGGUGGCCCUGAACCAGAGAGGCAUAGAGGGAGACUUCCUCAUCCGAGACAGCGAGUCAUCGCCAAACGGCUUUUCCAUCUCCCUGAAGGCGCAAAGCAAGAACAAGCACUUCAAAGUGCUUGUUCAGCUGAAGGAAAACCUUUACUGCAUUGGACAGCGCAAGUUCAACUCUAUGGAAGAGCUUGUUGAACACUACAAAAAAGCCCCCAUCUUCACCAGUGAGCAGGGAGACAAAUUGUACCUGAUCAAGGCCCUGGCUGCAUCUUGAUCACGUUCCCUUCCUAAAACACACACACACACACACACACACACACACACACACACACACACACACACACACACACACACACACACACACACACACACACACACACACACCUACACAUUGUUAACUGAACCUGUAUAUCUAUAUAUAAAUAUAUAUAUAUAUAUAUAUAUAUAUAUAUAUAUACACAUACACACACAUACAGACUGUUACGCCAGAACACACACUAACAUUUAAACUCAAGCCUGUGGACUUAACACAUCAUCAGGACUUAAAUGCCCAAGUUGUGAGCAUUCCAAGAGGCGAUGUGGAAACAAAAGCAUGGGAGAGACUGGGAGAUAUGGAGGAAAGAGACAAAAAGACUAUGGACUCCUGAGAGUUGACUACAGACCUCUUGGUCGCCUAUUUUAAAUUAUCCAGAUGUGUUAGGUCAUAGGUAAUGCCAUGUAUUUCAACCUUGGUAUCCAUUAGAAUUACAUUUAGUUUUUUUGUUUUUGUUGAUAAUAUAAUCUUUUACAAGUUUGUUUUUAAAAUGUGAUUUCCUUUUCUUUUAUUUCCUUUUUCAAACUGUAUCCAAGACACAACAACGAACCGUGUGAGACAUUUUACAGAGGUUAGCAAAUACAGAAUUUGGCCUAGAGGUUUAUGUUUUAACUCAAUUCUGUGUUGUCUGUCUUACUGUAAUCGUUGUGGACGCACUAAUCCACAGCCUUUGAUAACUGCUAAUCAAGAAUAAAAUUAAGUGACCAAAAUAUAUUUAUUGAUACAUUUCUGUUAGAAUUUUUUUUUUUUUUUAUGAUUUUUCUUGUGCGUCUUUAAACACCCGCCUUUUUGUACAACACAACUGCUUGUGUCUCAUUGCUGUAUCCAUAUCAUGUGAAUGUUACAAAGUACAGACAGUGGCUUCAAAUCUUGACUUUGCAUGCAGACAGAGUAGUAUCACACCUUCUCUUAAUCGUUUCACCAGUGAAAGAGGAGGCAACAGUAUCAAUGUAUCUGAAGGUCAUAUGAAAAGUCUGAAGUUUUCUUCCUCCUCAUCCGGAGCCUUCUGCAGGACUGUGACUGACAGCUGCCCCCCAGCUGUUGCCGGCUGCAGUGACUGGAGAUGGGGAGGGAGGAUGGCACGGGUGAGGCGGAGCGAUGGUGGGGGAGAGACAGUGCUGCAGUUUCUGGAGGUAGGAGGGAUGUGGCGAGACCGUUGAGGGGAUGUCAUUGCUCCUGAAUUAGUGAUCACUGGAGCAAAGUGGAGGGGGGAAAGGUCACACAGGGGUCACGUUGUGGUUUCAGAGCAUAUAAAUUGAGUUGGGAGAUGGCCUUGCACUAAGGUUUUUCAGAAACCAGUCUUGUAUGGCUUCUUAAUGUGAACGAGUUGAAUUAGAUGUUUUCCAAAUCUAGUCAGACAUUUAUUUUCACCUUUAAUUUGUCUAAAGGCAAAAGGAAGCGUUGAUUUCAGCCUGUUUUUCCACAUGCAUGACCUGCGUCAAGUUGGAAAAAGGUGCUUCUCAAUGUUUUCAGUGCACAUGGUUUCAGUUGGAAUAUGAAUAUUGAGUGUAAUUGGACCAAGUAGUGUUUUGGAUUCUGGGCAGCUAGCUCCAGUGCCUGCAGUCAGAUGUAAAGCAGCAUUGACGGGGAGUCACUCCAGCACUAGGCUCGUAGGGAUGAUGCCUGUGGUGAUGAGUUUUCCAGCUGUGGCAGAGAGGGAGCACUGGAAGAGGGAUUUCUCAGAAAAGUAAUGGAAAAGUGGACCCUUAGACAACAGCAGUGCACUGGGAUUUAGGGAGGAGACUUAUACUGUUCCAACAGUGUGUGGAAUCCAACUCCCAGUCAGACCAUUUAGGAAAAGGAGCACAGCCAAAUGUGCAUGUAUCGUAGAAGAGAAGUAAAGAUUUGGGGCGUUCAAUCAACCCAAGCAAGUCAGUGAUUCUUCAAAGAGCACAACCAAGGGUGUUGACAGAGCUUAUGCAACUCUGACGGCUGUUUCAUUUGAUUUAUAAUGGGUGAAAAUGGCAAAAUCUAAAUUUACACCUGCAAUGAAUCUUUAUAAUUACACAGUAGUAUAAAAGAAGUUUAUACGUUGGAAAAAGCAACACUCCAGGAUGAGCCGUCGUCACUGGAUUGGGUUGAUUUGGUAAAAUGAGUCACAGGAUUGUUCAUCACAUGACUUGUGAUUUAAUUUUAGACUCCGCAACGGUUCAGACUGGCCAUUUUACCCAUAAUGCCUUUUUUCUGUCGGCGUAUGUGGGGUUGCUGUGCUCGUUUUCCCAUGCUUUCUGUAUCUGCCUGUCACCGUUCCAUUCAUGUGCAGUCACUCCUCUGACUCUGUCAUUACACCCGCUGUCUUGCAGUUGCGUUGGCGCCGCGUUGCAGACGAUCUGUGUGAGUGAGCGUUUGCCUGCGAGUCCAUCGGCCGCUGUCAAGUGUUCUAGUUCUGCAAUGCAGCGCAGCUUUAGUGACAAACGCCAACGCAACGUGCCCCAGUUUGAAGGAUUUAGGAGAGUUUUAAUGUGCCUUCACAGCUUUCUGUCAACCAAAGCUUCAGUGUCGUCGACACCCCCCCCCCCCCCCCCUCGUUUUAUUUUUUUUUUUUAGAUCUUGUUCUUCCCAUUUGUCUUGUCACGGCUACAUCUUGUGGUUAGCGCUUUGCAUGUGCAUCACACGAGUCUGAUUAUGGAACGUGUUGCUGAGGUGGUUACUUGCUUUUAGUUGCUCUAAUGUAGGUUGACUUGUCAUUACUUUGUAUGUGUUAGUUUCAAGUGACCUUAUCAUUGCUGAUCACAUCAAGCAUAACCUCUUAAGCAAACAGUGAAUGCCUACAAUACAUGUACAGUAUAACAUAUGUGCCGAAGCAUAGCCCCAGGUGUGAUGUAAUCAUGACCUGAAUCUCAUGUGCGAGUAACGGUGUCACGUAUUGUUCAUCGUGAGGAAACUGUCCCUGGUUUCCAAGCGAAUGGUUUGUCUGUAUUUCAUACUAGUGUGGACAUUCACUUUUGCAGUUUAGCCACCUAAAUAUGUAAAAAGAAAAAGUCCUCUAAUUAAAUGUUUUACUUGAUAUUCAAAUACAAACUACAGUAUCUCCCUCCAUAGAUAUUAUAAGCUGGGAUCUCUUUCAUAUUACGCCAAUGGACGGUGCACGAGUAGCUGUACAGAAAUGGUUCUAACAUUAGCUUCAACAUCCAACGAAACCAGUUGUGACGGAUAUUAUCAAGAGACUGCUUAUCAAACCGUUUCACCAAGAAUGACACCACAGCUGGAAGUCUCGGAGGCCUGAGCUAAUCUCAAAGCCCAAGAUUUCUUGAUAAUAUUCAGAGCAAACAGUUCGUGUUUAACUUUGGUGCUUUUGUACUGCUUCUCUUUCUAUGGUUUUCCUCGUUUCACUAAGCUUCGUUCUGUUAUGAGAGACGGUGAGGAAAAACGGACCUGUGCUAUGGAAUGAUAAAAGCAGUGCUGUGAAAAUUAAAUGUCAUGUUCUUAAUACUGUUUAUGUGAGGGGAUAUUGUCUUCAGGUGUAAUAAUUUAGAGAGUUUAUUAGUGUUCAAAAGAUGUAAUAAACAACAAAAAAGUC